AUGGGGGUCAAUACCCGCAGACCAGUCCUUCCCGCUCCCACAGAAUCCAUCAUCGAAUCACCGAGCAACAGCAUAACGGGCACUGAUCUGGCAACUGACCUUUCUCGCCGCACAGACAAAACGUCGUAUUCAAUUCCGGACGACGGUAGCCCUAUCACUGUGUCCACCCGGCGCCAUCGGGACCGGGACGACAAGCUGUCUCGCUCACAGCGGGACUCGCAGACUUCCCUCCUCAUAGAAUACUUUGAGGGUGGGAAGGGAUCUACCGGCAUUGUCUCUCGGCCUAGUGUACGAGUUCGUGUAACCCCGUCCGGUGUCAGAAAACACAGGGACGCAGAUCAUAUUCAGAUCACCGAUUCGGGCAGCAGUCGCAAGCCAUCUCAUACCCAUCGGAUAUCAUUCAACUCACCUGCCAAAGACAAAAGUCUGACUGUUGAUGAUCAAAGUGUUAGUUCCAAUUCUGCUGAAGAGGGUCAACUGGAUUCAUCGCCUCACCCGGUUGAAAUCGAGUUCAUGAAUCGUGAACAAGGAAGUGAGGUCUCAGCCAUGUCCCAAGAAGGCAGAUAUCUACCCGGAACGUCAGAUAUUUCCUCCAUGCCCGCAGAUAGCAUGCUCGACACUACGUCCUCCGCUGGGCCUCGUCGAAAACGUAGUAAAAGUAUCGAGCGCGAGGAAGCUCACCAGGAAAAAGACAAGAGCUUGUUGAAAACCCCGCACCGGCGACGCAGUCGCAGUCUGAGUACAGAGCGUAUCGCACAUCUAGCGGCAGAAAAGCUCAGCGGUCCACCCCAGGAGGUCUCCAGCGGCAAGCAGAAGAGCAAGAGUAAAAACAAGGGCAAGAGCGGCAAGGUCUAUCUGGAUCCUGAGCCUAAGUCUAAAUCAACACACCGGAAGCGUCAUGGCUCGGGAGAGGAGGAUAUAGUUCCUAGCGCAGAAUCCAGCCUUCUCAGCACUUCCUCGAACCGCAAAUCUGGAGAUCAAUACUCCAUGCUCUCUGGAGCUUCGAAAUCUUCAAUCAACAACCCGAAGUUGCUAGAGACAGUAGAAGAUGCGAUUCGGCGACUGAUCUUGCCAGAGCUCAAGGAACUCAAGAAGGACCAGAAAGUCAUGAAAAACAAAUCCAAGUUUGAUCAGGAUAUGGCCAACUCGCAUUCUUCUUCCACGGGGAGCUCUAAAGAGGGACCAGAAUUGGUUCGACGAUUAUCAAAACAUGCCAGUGCACCGGAUGUCAUGAAGCCCAAGGUGGUUUUGAAUAAGGACAGCCAAGAUGAGGGUAUUGUUCUGUCUGGUGACUCAAAGCCAGAAUAUCGAAACACCGAGCGCAAGCCCAGCAAGAGUAGCGAGACGUCUGAUGCUGCAUGGGUCAAGUGGGGCCGACCUGAUCUCACUGAGCAGGAUGUGCUUCGUCGACAGAAAAGCAAGGGUCUCCGCGAUGCCCAAGCUGCUGGACGAGUAGGCUCGGCGUUGACUGCGGCAUCUCUCAAGCAUCAUGAUUCUCAGUCUAGUCUUGGACAACAGGAGCGAAGGGCAAGUGGCUCGCGGAAGAGUGUGGAGGGCUACAACGACACUGAGCUUGUUUUCAAGAAGCACAACGUGCCACUCAUGCCGAUGCGCAGUGAACUCGACUCCCAGGUGACCAGAACAUCGUUGCUCUCUGAACCAUCUGAAAUAUUCACCCCUCGCCAGAGACUUUCGCACGCGGACCUCUCCACAGGCUCACCCAGACAACUUCUUUCAUCCACACAAUCCCGCACACCAACCCUUGAAUCUCGAUAUGAACUUGGUAUGCGCCAUGGCAACCAGUCGCAGCGGGAUCUAUCCCUGCAUAGCGCCUCGGAUCGUGACUUGCGUGCCAAGAGCCAGUCUCCUGGAAGUGACGGUGCAAAUUGGGCCAUUGCUGCAGCCGCUGCAGCCAAUCUGCUUGAUAUUGCCUAUCCAGAACACCAAUCCGCAGAAAUCAGCCAUUACCAGGCUGGUCGAUCGCUCAGCCCUAUCCAGAGUGUUGUCAGUGAAAAAAUCGAAACCGCCCAACUUGCAAACAAGCAGCCUCAUCUGGAAGGCCAGCGAGGUAUGGAACCCCGCCUAUCCAUUGACACUCUAUCGUCUGCGCCCAGCACAAAUCUUGCACGAUCAACGCGACAAGGUGCUAGCCCUAUAAGCCAGGGUGGAUUAUCGAAGCAUGAAAGCCAAGGUCCCGAAUUGGGAUAUGAGGAUUCACAAUUGACCCAGACAAAUGACUAUUAUGAGAAUGAAGAGUCCAGACUCUCGGCUGGAGAAGAUGGUAGUGAUGUUGAUUUCAUGGACCAGGUUAAACAGGGCCAGCAUGUGGCACGCGGCGCUGCAGCCAACCCCCAGUUCGUGCAUCCAGUCGGUGUUGAGUCAGCUGUUGCUUCUUUGUUGGAACCGUCUACUCUCUCCCAGUCAUAUGUGUCCGGUACGCAAUCUGAUGUCGUUGAUCGUGAGAUUCCACGGGCAGGAAGUCGGAGCCCCGAAAAGAGUGAGGUUUACCGCGGAAGCCCUCUGAAACAACGACAAGAUGCUGCCAGUACUGAUGAAACAUCCUUCCCUCGACGAAUGGGUCUCACUUCUCCCCCACAGAGUGUCACUCAGUCUAUUGACGACUUGGAAGAGGCCGGUAUGAUGGCCGCGACUGCUCGCCACCUCAGUAGCCCCCUUGAAGAUGCCGAGGGUAGCGAAGAGUCGGAGUCUGAGAUCAAUACUAACCCAUCCAUCAUUCAAGGCCCCAUUGGCGGAGUUGCUUACGGCACUGAUCAUUGGGUGCCCGCUGGGCAAAUCCCUAACUACGACCCUGCCCAAGCAGCUGCGGGUCUGACUCACGGGAAACCGGUUGGUCUCGAUGCGGAAUACUAUGAGACGGCUCGAAACAUCUUUGGUGCCGACGAGGACUAUUAUCUCGACCAACAGGCCCAACAACUGUUCGGUACACCUCCCGGAGCCAAGGACGAGGGCUACGUAUCGGCUGCCAACCCUUUGUCUCCCAGCGUUGGUACUCCCAAACAAGGCACACGAGGCGUUGGAGGACCAGAAGGCUUUGGUAAUCCCGCUGGGGGCGAGGACCCAUUUGCUCCUACCACUGAUCAACAGCGACACUUCAGCGGGUAUUCUCACGGUGUAGGGUCGCCACUCUACGACAGCUCAACUGGCCGCGGCAUCGAGCGCAUUCAAUCUAAAGACAUUGUUGCCCUCAUGGAUCAUCUCACUGUCCGUGAUGCCCAACGAAAUGCCCGGGAUACUGAGAUCCUGGUGACUCUUGUUCGGAGUGCAGCUGAGAUGCGCAACUCAUUCGAAGCGAUGAAGAAGUUUAUUGUGCAGCAAGAUGACUUGAUCAUGGACAACAGCGACGAGAUGCAUGAGAAAACUCACAGAGCACUUGGUGGACCUCGUCCAUUGCCUCCCAGCGGUUCUCGAGGCCGUCAGCUGAACACAGUAGCGGAAGACGAAGAUAUUCAGACUAAGCGAGCGAGCAUCUUCAAGCGUGCUUUGAAAGGUCUUAGCUUAAAGUCUGGCAAUGAUCUGACUAAGAUUGAAGGCAUGCUUGAGCAGUUGCUUGAGGAGGUUGAGGCCAUGCGUGAAGAACAGGGCUAUAUCAAACCCCGCGGUGGUCUGUUGUCAGGUGCGGACCCGAGUGGUUAUGAGGCUAAUGGCAACGCCGACGCUCCUUUUGGAAGCCGCCCUCCUUAUAGAUUGAGUCCCCGACCAAUGACUGCGGAUCAGCGAGUCAGCACUGUCCCUGAAGAGGACGAAGAGGAGGAUGUUGAGAUCGAUGGUGAUGAUGCGUACAUGAGUGCGCAUCUCCCAAUUCAGCAAAAAAUCCGUCACGAAAGAGCUGGAUCCAUGCCUCUAUCGACACCACCUCGGAAACCGGUUGGCAGCGGGGCUCGGAGCACCGAGACGACUCCAAAGGCCGACAAGAACCGCAAGCACAAAUCGACCAGCUCUUCUAUCUUCCCGAAGAUCUCUCGCUGGUCGAAGACAACUGCCUCUUCUAUGGGCGACAACAUUCGCAACAGCAUCCAGCCUACACGAAAGGAGCGCCCUCACUCGGAAAUUUCCCGCUCUGGGUCCGAUGAGGCAUACAAGACCGGCAACUACUACGAUCCUCAAGGCGAUGACCGUCUCCGAUCUACAUUCACUGACGAUGAGGGCGUUCAGCAGGAGAACCGCCCGCCUUCGCCUCUGGUUCCUUCUCAGGUCUCAGAGGCCCCCAAGUAUCGGGCUCAUCGUGGCAGCCUUGAAAUACAACACCCCCAGCCUCGUCAAGGCCCUACCGGUCGCUUCCAGUCUGCACUAGAGUCCCAAGCCCAGACGUACACUUCAUUGACUGCGUCUCCGACCUCGGAGCAGUGGGGAUCAAACCCCAGCUUGCCCGUUGUCCAACCCAUUACCAACCGCUAUAGCAAUGGCAGCCGUCUCUCUCCAAUCUCAGAUGGAGGCUAUUCAGAGGGCAGUGCUCGACAACAGGCACCUCCUCGACCUCCGAAGGUCCUAGAUGAUGGGCCUUUGGUUCCUGAGCGACCCCCAAAGGUCACCGAAGAUGAAGCACAGGCUUCAUAUGGCACCGACCGUGUCACCUCGCGGAACUCGAUCAUCCGUUCUCCCCCAACCAGAAAGCCAACAGGACCUCGUCCUCUUACAUCCGGCGGCAACUACAGCCCAAAACGUACCCGCUACCAAGGCAGCCCGAUGCAAGUUGACUACGACGACGACUACUAA